AUGAAUAACACCGACAGUCCAGCGUUAGGUAACAUGCAGGAAACUGAUGCAGCUUCAGAAGGAUGUUCUGUUCCAACUCUAGAUCAAGCUUCUGUGAAUGCUAAAGUUUCAGAUCAUAGUGUUUCAGCAGAUGUAGCAGAAGAGUUUACUUGCUCAGUCUGCUUCCUCCUCCUUGUGCAGCCCACCACCCUAACUUGUGGUCACACACUGUGUCGUGAUUGUUUGGCCAGAUGGUACUUUACAUCUCUUAGGAAAACAUGUCCUUUGUGUAACCAGUCAUUUCAAGGGCACCCUUUGAUUAAUACUUCCAUCAGAAACAUGAUCACCAAAAUGUUCCCGCUCCAACUGGAGGAGCGAGAGAAAGAACUGGCAAAACAUCACAGUAACAUCACAAAGUUUGAUAAAGAACUGAUGCAAGAGACGAAUCAUAAACCAGACGAGGCUCAAGGUGGUGGAGGUUGUGGGUCUUUUUGUGCGGGUGCUGCACUUGUCAUCUGUGCUUUUCUUAUUGCUUACAUCGCCUGGUACUGGCAGCACAGUGCAACUAACCUGCUGGUCCUGAAACCUGUACAGUUCUGGAGAAGCCAGGAUGUGGUACUGUGGCUGGAAGAUAUGCCCUGGGCUAGCAGCUAUGCAAACAUGAGCAGGGAGAACAGCAUUGAUGGCAAUAUGCUGCUGUCGAUGGAUGGAGAGUCAUUAACCCAGCUUCUCAAUGUGACAGACGCAACACACAGGAGAGCGCUUCUCUUUGCAAUAAACAGGCUCAAGCACGAAGGGGUCAAAGUGCCGUCUUCUCUGUGGGAAUAUAAGGCACUUUAUCCGGCGCAGUGCCAGUUUCUGGUUCAUGGGAUGAAGGGUUUUCCUCGGACUGCUCUUUUCUACAUGUGGAUGUAUUACUAUGAUGAAUUGUUUUUGCCUUUCGCUAUGGCGACUAUACCUUCAGUGAGUCAUGAGGGAAACGUCUCCAUUCCACUUAUACCAGAACAGGGCCUCAGCAUGUCACAGUGGACAAGCUUUAUAUUCUAUGCAGUGGUAUUGCCACAUUGGCUUGUGGUGUUACUGGCCUAUCAGAUGUUCUCUCACUAUUUCAUCACCCCGAUCAUCGUCAUUGGUACCGCAGCCAUGUACCAGGUAUGGGAGAUCGUCGAGUGGAUCAUACUAUACAAGCAAUGUUUAUCCACCUACUUGAAGCUCUACGUCAAACAAAUGAUGCAAUUGGUCAUUUUUAUGGUGAUCUGGCCAGUUAUUCCAUGGUUUAUUUGCGAUGCAAUAUUCUACAUUUCCUUGUAUUUGUGGCCAUUCUACGCGUUUCAGUUUGCUCUUUACCAUCUAAAAGUGCUGAUCAAUUUAUAA